AUGAGCCAGACUGCUGAAACAAUGGCAACUACCACCACAACCCCCGUGUCAACCAUCGUCACCUCUUCAUUAAUCAAGAUCAUCAACCAUCAAGCUCAAACAAGCGCUACCGCUUCCCACUUACCAGCGGCAACACCCACCCCAUUUUUGCCAGAGCCCUACGCCUCGGCAUUCAGCUUCUUUUCUUCACUCGUCACCAUCUUCUACUUCUUCGUAGUCACCUUCCCAGCCGCCAUAGUUGGUAUCGUCGCCAUCUACACAUGGAAAAGACGGUGUCGGGAAAAAGCUGCUGCGAAGAAGCAGCAAGAUAUCGAAAGGGCCGAGACACGAACCUUCCGCUUUCAGCUUGUGCAGGAAGCGAGGCAGACGAGGGAGUGUCUCGAGAAGAUAGAAACGAAAAUCAAUGCGGGUGGGGUGGUGGAGGGGAAAGUAAACUUGAAGGAGGCCCUGGUCACUGUCGUGGAGGCCUUCAAAGAAGGGCGGGAAGUGGAAGGAAUGAGAAAUAGGAAAGCAAGGAAAGAGAGGAAGGAGUUGAGGGAUGGGUUCCACAAGAUCGAGCUCAAACUGGAUGGGUUCUUCGACUGCAUUCCCAAAGCUGCAGGCGAGAAGAAGAAGAAGAACAGGAGGAAGUAUCGGACUUACCCAGCGCUGGGUCCGGGUUUCCAGGGCAGGGACAAUACACCUGCAUGGGGAAGUGCGAGUACGACGGAGCUCGAGGGUCUUUUGGACGCUGAUGGUUCGGUGGAGGGAAAGGAGGAUCACGACUACGAGGCGGACAGGGAGGAAUCCGUUUACGACGAGGAUGAUGCUAGGUCUACCUCUACUGUUUCCAGUAUCUCAACUCCUGAGUAUUCUGGAGAGUGGGAGCUACCGGAUAAGCAGAUUUUAGUGGAGAUGGAAGACUGGAAUUGGAAGCCCGUUAACGUAAACGACUGGUAG